AUGUCUCCCGUCUACAACAGCACCGUUUCCGCCAGCAAGAAGUCCUUCUGGGCCAAGACAAAGGAGGUUCUUCUCACUUUUGUCUGCCAUAGCGCCCCAGUCGAGAUUCAGCACGUCUAUGAAGUGAGGGAGAAGGACAGGCAUGCUAACAUGGUUUCCUCGAAGGAGGUAGAGAGUCAGUCGGAGAACGUUAACCGGAUCAGUAAUGAUUCGGGGUACACCUCUGUUGCUGAACAGGAGAGGCUUCACGUGGAGGAGGUGCGUGCCGCAAGGCAGCAGUUGAGGGAGGAGGAGAGGGUGCGUCUCGAAGCGCAAAAGAAACACCGUGACGAUUACGAGCGUGAACUUCAGCUUCGCAGACAGGAGGAGCGUGUCCGCGAAGAAGCGGCACGUGAGGAAGGGCGCAGGCGAGAGGAGAAGCGCAGGCGCGAGGAGCAUGAGAGGCGUGAGAGGAUGGAGAAUCAGGAGAAGAUGCGCCAAGCCCAGGUGGAGGCUGAGGCGAACCGUCGUCGCCUCGCUGAGGAAGCCGAAGAGAAGAGAGUGCAAGAGAAGCUCCGCCAAUCAAUGUUGUUGAUGGAGGAGCAGAAUGCUCUUGUUGCGGCGCAUCAAAGGAUGGAGGAGGUGAACAAGGCUAAUGCCAUGCAUGAGCGGAUGAUGGCCAUGAUGGCGGCGGCGAAUGCGGAGGUUGAGAAGGCGGCGAAGAGGGGAUGUUGAUGGGUGGAUGUUGUGGGAGAGUGAGAGUGGGCGUUUGUCUUUUGUUGUUCUUUGUUUGGUCGGAUGAGGAACACCUCCAUGAACCUCGUCCAUCCUCCCCGGGCUGUAAUGGCUCAAGUCCGAGGCGAUACCACACUAGCUCCCUUCAAGUCCGCACCUCAAAUGGGCGGUAAGUCGUGGCCCGCAGUGUGGAUAUCGCGUCAAGCCCUCAACGGCAAGGCAGUACCUGUAACGGGUCUCUCUCGGGCGCUCCAGCGUUG